AUGUACCGCUCUCUCCUUGUCAUGAUGUUGACCAUCUCCCUCGCCCUAGCAGAUGACUGCCACUGCUCUGUUGUGGGAGUUUCUCAAUGCUGUGCCCUCGUCGCAACGCCCGACAACGCAACAGUGGCGGCUGGGCUGACUGCUGCGGGGAUAGUCAUUCAAGGUGUCGCUGUUCCGGUGGGGGUGAAUUGCACCGAUAUUCCAGAUGAUAGCGAUGACAGCUCUUGCUCUGGUGAAGCCGUGUGGUGCGCGAAUAAUGACUAUGAGAAUGGCGUUGUCUCGAUUGGAUGCACGCCUCUCAGCGAGUAG